AUACGCCCUUACCGAGAACCUGCAGUCUGUGGUCUGGAAACAUCUCGUUCGUCGAUACUUUAUUCACUACACUCUGCCAUCACGGUCCCGCUGGAAGGAUCUUUUAUUUUACAUUAUCUAUCUGACCACUUUAGGCUUCAGCUUGCAAUUCGAGACAACCACGCAGCUUAAUUUAUUGCCGGCCACUGUUCAUCAUGCCCCCCAAAAAGCGUCCAGCGCCAGCUGCAGCAGAGAUCCUGCCAAAACGUAGGAAGCAUGCUCCAACCAAGUCGAGCUGUUCAUCGUCCCAGUCGCAGAGGUCAGGCGACAGCAAUCCUGGUGAACUAAACCCUGCAAGCAACCCAGAAAUCAACUUAACACAGUUCAACGCAGCUCACUCCCCGCUCCUCCGCCUUCCUACUGAGCUGCGCGACCAGAUUUGGAAGUACAUAUUCGCGGACUUAGUCAUUCACCCCAGGACUCGCGCGCCCCAUCAUCCCCCUACACUCCACUACUUCAUCUGCUAUACUCCCGCCCAAACCCGCGAUCUCUAUUCCUGGAGCCUCCUCGGCGCACGACCCGGAUCCCCACGGACCUGGGCAUCCCCUGAUCUCGAAGUCGCGGAAACCGGAUGCUACUGUCCAUCUUCAAAGCGGUUUUGCGUCCCGAUGGUUUGCAAGCAGUUUUACUACGAAGUUCUGCCGAUUGUGUUUUCGACGUGCAUUUUCUCGUUCCGAGAUCGAGUCGAUCUACACACAUUCGCGCUGUCGCCAAGUUCCCAUGUCUCGGACGUGCAGAACAUCUCACUAGAAAUUUUCUCGCCAGCCUACUUCAGCGACUGGAAUCCCACGCUCACAAUCUCCUCCAUCAUUGACCAGUUUCGAAGUCUCAAAAGUGUGAAAUUGACGCUAAACAGCCAGUCCUUUGGUAGCUUGAAAGCUAUACCGACGAAUCUGCUAGCACCUCCUAAGAUGCUCCCGAAUGGAGCUGUGAGAACUUUGUUUUCAAUUAUCUGCGCUUUACAACAGUUCCAAUUGGAGGCCGAGAAGACGACUGUUGUAGUGCAGCAACGUAGGCGUGGAGCAGACCGGAUUACGGAACUGCGAGCGCUUGCGGAACAGGUUAGGCGGCAUCUGCUUCAUCAUCGCCCGAGGCGGCGGUCGAAGAGGUUGCUUGGGGAGAGUUAUGAGGAUGUGGCUACAUGA